AUGUUCCUCGGGAACAGAUAUCCUGGAGCCAUGAGCGAUACCGAAAGCUACGUCUAUCGCUACUCGUGGGAUCGAGAUGACUUGUCUUCGUACCCGUGGCCGGAGCAUUACGUGAAGCAACCGGAAGUUCUGGCUUACUUGAGACAUGUGACGGAUAAGUACGAUAUUCUUGGGGGAACUUGUUGAUCAUUGUCUUCAGGAUCGCAAGUGACUGAUCUUUUCCCACUCUUCAGAUAUCAUCUGCGGGCCGAUAUGCGAUUUGAAACCGAACUCUCGAGUGCACGAUGGGACGACUCCGGGCAGCGUUGGAGCCUUGUCCUCAAUCGGGACAGGAAUGUCACGGCUCGAUAUCUGAUCCUAGGGCUUGGGAUCUUGUCCAAGACGAAUUAUCCUGAUAUCCCUGGCAUUCGGGACUUCCAAGGCGAGGUGAGAGGCAAACGUACAUCCCAUCGCUGCGUAAUUGAGUCGGUCUAAUGGGUCGAUAAAGAUCCACCACACAGCCAAGUGGCCAAAGGAUAUCGAGUUGGAGGGCAAAGAUGUUGGGGUACUCGGGACAGGAUCCACUGGGGUACAGGUCAUCACAGAAGUGAGUGCUAGUCGCCACUUGUCCGUCGAUCGCUGGGCUGAUCGGUUCGCGGUGGAGAUCAGCCGCCAAGUGAAAUCUCUCAAGUCGUUCCAGAGACAUCCUCAAUAUAGCGUGCCUUCAGGGGAUGGGAAGGUGACACCGGAAUAUCGAGCGUACGUGAACGACAACUAUGAUGCCAUUUGGGAGAAGGUCCGAACAUCUUUUACGGCUUUUGGUAUCGAUGAAAGUGAGUCUGACCCUGUAGACCAUAUGGCUCUGCUCCGUUGACAGUCUCCAACAGGCAGAACAUCUUAUCACGAUGUAACCCCCGAGGAGAGGCAGCGCAUCUUCCAGGAGAAUUGGGAUAAAGGCAACGGGUUCCGGUUCAUGUUCGGGACAUUCAGCGACAUCAGCACGGACUACGAGGCGAACGAGGGCGCCUGUGCUUUCAUCCGGCAGAAGAUUGACGAGAUCGUCAAGGAUCCCGUAAAGGCACGCAAGCUGAAACCGUGGGAUCUGUACGCCAGAAGGCCGCUGUGUGAUGGGAACGCGAGAAAUGGCCAGAGGUAUUUCGAACAGUUCAAUCGACCGAAUGUUGAUGUUGUGGACUUGAGGGAGACGCCGAUAGUGCAGAUUGAAGCAGGGGGUGUCCGGACUUCUGACGGUCAGUUGCAUGAGCUCGACGUCCUGAUCCUCGCGACCGGAUUCGAUGCCGUUGAAGGCAAUUUCCAACGGAUGGCUGUUCACGGACGGAAUGGUAUUACUCUCACAGAUGCGUGGAGCGAUGGUCCCAGUAGCCUGUUCGGUGUGCAUGUACCGGAGUUUCCCAACAUGUUUAUGAUCAAUGGGCCAAAAGGAGCGUUCACAAACAACCCGCCGGGUGAGUAGAUGAUCCUCCGACUUCUUGACCUAUGCUGACAGACGCAGCAAUCGAGGCGCAAGUAGAAUGGAUUGCCCAGAUCAUCGGAGAAGCGGAAAGGGGUGGGACACGUCUCGUCGAAGCAACGCACGAGGGCGAGCAGAAAUGGAGCCAGCUCUGCGAGAAGUUGGCGGCAAAGUCUCUGUUUUGGAAAGCGGAGGACAAUUGGAUCUUCGGUGCCAACAUCCCGGGCAAGAAGCGCUGUCUGAGGUUCUACUUUGGUGGCAUGAGCGGAUACCACGAGCAGUUGAAGAGUUGCGCCGAGAAUGAUUACGUGGGGUUUCAGCCUCUUGCGCAAAAGCACGCCACUGCAGUUAGCUCGUAG